AUGGACGCCCUCGAUCAGUUCUCCUUCUCCGCCAGUAUGAAUGAGAUCAACCAGAUCGAGAUCUGCCAGCUUCAGGCUGAGGUCUGUCGUCUGGCUACCGAGAACCACGACUUGGCGCAGCUUCAAGAGGUCGACCAGGAGCAAAUCAUCAAGCUUCAGAACGAGAAUGACAAGCUCAAGCGCAGCAACGCCACCAAGGAUGCCUUCAUCGUCGCCCUGAUACAAGAGAAACAGGACCUGGAAGAGCAGAACGCCCAGCUUCGGUCUGAGCGUUACCUUGGGGAUCAAAGACACAACAACUCGAAUUUCUCCCACAAUUCGACCAUGCCACAAGCCUCUGCGCCCAUGACACCCUUGUCACCUUCAGAGACGCUUGUCAACGAGCCAGACGAUGAGGACUUCGACGCCAUGGACGUUGAUGAGCCGACUAAGGGCGGCGAAAUCUCUGUUUCUGACAGCGGAUUCGAGGGCUACGAAUCGGAAGGUGUUUGGGAUAUGGUUUAG